AUGAGGUUAUCGGCCUUCUGCGCCGUGCUUUGGCUUGCCUGUGCCACCGCUCUAACGGUACCUAAUGCCGAAAAGAUUGAGAAGAAGCUAGCGAAAAGAGACGAUCCUCCACGAAAAUACUGGCAUGAGGCUCAAGGCCAUCUACACUAUAUGGGCAAGUAUUUUGACGAGGCUCUUGAACCAGCUGCCCAGAAUGCACGCAUCAAGGUUCUCAUGCAGACAUACCUAGCGACGAUGCGAGAUCUAGGAGUCCAAACAUGGUUAAUGCAUGGCUCCUUACUCGGUUGGUGGUGGGGAAAGAAGGUUAUGCCAUGGGACUUGGAUGCCGAUGUCUCUAUGACUGAAGCGGACAUGUACUUUCUUUCCGCCUACCACAACAUGACCAUCUACUACUACCAAUAUGAUGGGUGCCCGGAUGGAUGUUAUUUCCAGCUGGAGUUAAAUCCUCACUUCAAGCAUCGUGGGAAGGAUGACUGGAGGAACGUUAUUGAUGCUCGCUGGAUUGACAUGCAGAAUGGGUUGUUUAUUGACAUUACAGCUGCACGAUAUGACCCUGGGCAUAAGCAGGGUGAAGGAGUCAUGUACGACAAGAAUGAUCAUGAGUUCAAGGACAAGUACAUAUUCCCACUUCUCGACACUACAUUUGAAGGUGUUCCCGCCAAGGUUCCCUAUCGGUACCAGCAAAUGCUUGAAUCAGAAUAUGGCAAGGCAGCUGUAUUAAAGACCGACUAUAAUGGGUACCGAUUCGACACACAGAGGAUGCAAUGGUUCCCUAUGAACUGA